GGGGUCCACAACGACUGGGCCAGGGCAGUUGGCGCGCGCAGAGGACUGGGGUGGGCGCUUAAAGCGGUCGGCUGCCCAGACCGGCCAUGUUGUGUUUUUUCUAAACCUCUUGUUGUGAACAAACAAGUUCGUUGUAGGGUGAGGCCAUCCAAUCUGUGGUAUUUUGUUAUGACUGCCCAAGAAGACUAAUAGGAUCAGAUGGGCUUAAAAUUCUAUCACAGGAUCCUUGGGGUGUCACUGUGCCAGCCAGAAAGCUGUGUGGGCUGCAGCAUGUCUGUGUGUAUGUCAAGCACUGUAUUGAGAAAAAAAAAACACAACAAACGUUUGGAAAAGAUAGAGGCUUGUUAGUAAUUUUCAUAAACUUGAUAUAAUCAGAAGCAGCAUCCAAGUCUAGCUUUGUGCCUCACUCUUCUCUUACACCUGGGGAGUCAAGUCUGGAUCCUCUGCUCCAUAUUUAUUUAGCAAAUAAAACACUGAUCUCAAACAGCAACGGAACCUGUGUACUUGAGGUGUUUUUUGAAAACUAAUCAGAAGAGGAAUGCUUAUCUCCCAAGAAAAUUGAAACCAUCUGUAAAAGAAUCUUGGCUGUGCUGUGUUUUGAUUAGAUUGAAGUUUGGUGUAAAGAGAAAACACAAAAGACCGCAGAAUAUUUACAACAUUUGAAUUCCUGUUUCUCCAUCAAAGCACAUUGUCAUCAAAGCUACUUUGGGGAUAGAAAAAAGGUCAAUUCCAAUUCCCAGGAAUCCCUAACCACAACUUUACUUGGAAAUUUCCGGUAAUACUUAAAACACCAUUUUGCAGCAAUUCUUUAUGAUAAACUGUAAAAUACAGUUACCCGAAAAUGACUGACAAAUCAAUCAUCAUUCUGAGCCUGAUGGUUUUUCACAGCUCUUUCAUAAAUGGAAAAACAUGUAGACGGCAAUUGGUGGAAGAAUGGCAUCCACAACCCUCAUCAUAUGUGGUAAAUUGGACACUAACAGAAAACAUCUGCUUGGACUUCUACAGAGAUUGCUGGUUUUUGGGUGUAAACACUAAAAUAGAUACUUCAGGCAAUCAAGCUGUUCCCCAGAUUUGCCCUUUGCAAAUUCAAUUAGGAGAUAUCCUUGUAAUUUCUUCUGAACCAUCUCUUCAAUUUCCAGAAAUAAAUUUGAUGAAUGUUUCUGAAACAUCUUUCGUUGGCUGUGUGCAAAAUACCACAACGGAAGAUCAGUUACUUUUUGGCUGCAGACUAAAAGGAAUGCACACUGUUAAUUCUAAGUGGCUGAGUGUUGGGACACAUUAUUUUAUCACAGUUAUGGCAAGUGGUCCAUCACCUUGUCCACUGGGACUUCGACUAAAUGUGACAGUGAAACAGCAGUUCUGCCAGGAAUCUCUGAGUUCAGAAUUUUGCUCUGGUCAUGGUAAAUGUCUUAGUGAAGUUUGGAGCAAGACAUAUAGCUGCCAUUGCCAGCCUCCAUUUUCUGGAAAAUACUGCCAGGAACUUGAUGCAUGUUCUUUUAAACCAUGUAAAAAUAAUGGCAGUUGCAUUAAUAAAAGAGAAAAUUGGGAUGAGCAAGCAUAUGAAUGUGUCUGUCACCCACCAUUUACAGGAAAGAAUUGCUCAGAAAUAAUUGGCCAAUGUCAACCACAUGUCUGUUUCCAUGGAAACUGCAGCAAUAUUACUUCAAAUAGUUUCAUUUGUGAAUGUGAUGAGCAAUUUUCAGGUCCAUUCUGUGAGGUGUCAGCAAAACCUUGUGUUUCUCUGCUUUUUUGGAAAAGAGGAAUUUGCCCAAAUAGCAGUUCUGCUUAUACUUAUGAAUGCCCAAAAGGAUCUUCCAGCCAAAAUGGUGAAACUGAUGUCAGUGAGUUUUCAUUAGUACCAUGUCAGAAUGGUACUGACUGCAUCAAAAUAUCAAAUGAUGUUAUGUGCAUCUGUUCACCAAUAUUUACAGAUUUGCUUUGUAAGAGCAUUCAAACAUCAUGUGAGUCAUUUCCUUUGAGGAAUAACGCUACGUGUAAGAAAUGUGAGAAAGAUUAUCCUUGCAGCUGUAUAUCAGGAUUUACUGAAAAAAACUGUGAGAAAGCAAUUGACCACUGUAGACUGCUGAGCAUCAACUGUCUGAAUGAAGAAUGGUGUUUCAAUAUAAUUGGAAGAUUCAAAUAUGUAUGCAUUCCAGGGUGCACAAAAAAUCCAUGUUGGUUUUUGAAGAAUGUUUACCUAAUUCAUCAACACCUCUGCUACUGUGGAGUCACCUUCCAUGGUAUUUGCCAAGAUAAAGGUCCUGCUCAAUUUGAAUACAUGUGGCAAUUGGGAUUUGCAGGAUCUGAAGGUGAAAAGUGCCAAGGGGUUAUUGAUGCCUAUUUCUUUCUGGCUGCAGACUGCACUGAAGAUGCAACCUAUGUGAACGAUCCUGAAGAUAAUAAUUCUUCAUGUUGGUUCCCACAUGAAGGCACAAAAGAGAUUUGUGCAAAUGGAUGCAGUUGUUUGAGUGAAGAAGACAGUCAGGAAUAUCGGUAUCUAUGUUUUCUCAGAUGGGCUGGCAACAUGUAUCUGGAAAAUACAACUGAUGAUCAAGAAAAUGAGUGUCAACAUGAAGCUAUUUGUAAAGAUGAAAUUAAAAGACCCAGAUGCAGCUGUUCUCUUAGUUACAUUGGCAGAUUGUGUGUUGUCAAUGUUGACUAUUGCUUAGGGAACCAGAGUAUAUCAGUGCAUGGCCUCUGCCUGGCCCUUUCGCACAAUUGUAACUGUAGCGGUCUGCAAAGAUAUGAAAGGAACAUCUGUGAGAUAGAUACUGAAGACUGCAAAUCUGCGUCCUGCAAAAAUGGAACAACUAGUACACAUUUAAGGGGAUAUUUCUUCUGCAAGUGUGUCCCAGGAUUUAAAGGUACGCAAUGUGAAAUUGAUAUAGAUGAGUGUGCUUCACAUCCCUGCAAAAAUGGAGCCACCUGCAUUGACCAACCUGGUAAUUACUUCUGCCAGUGUGUGCCUCCAUUUAAAGUGGUUGAUGGCUUUUCCUGCUUAUGCAAUCCAGGCUAUGUUGGGAUAAGAUGUGAACAGGACAUUGAUGACUGCAUCCUGAAUGCCUGCGAGCACAAUUCUACCUGCAAAGAUCUGCAUCUCAGCUACCAGUGUGUGUGCCUAUCUGAUUGGGAAGGAAAUUUUUGUGAACAAGAAUCCAAUGAGUGUAAAAUGAAUCCUUGCAAGAACAAUUCCACCUGUACUGACCUUUACAAAAGCUAUCGAUGUGAGUGUACAUCUGGAUGGACUGGACAGAACUGUAGUGAAGAAAUAAAUGAAUGCGACUCUGAUCCAUGCAUGAAUGGAGGUCUUUGUCAUGAAUCUACCAUCCCUGGACAAUUUGUAUGUCUGUGCCCACCCCUUUAUACCGGACAAUUUUGCCACCAACGCUAUAACCCUUGUGACCUACUUCAUAACCCUUGCAGAAACAACUCAACAUGCUUAGCUUUGGUAGACGCAAAUCAGCAUUGUAUUUGUAGAGAAGAAUUUGAAGGUAAAAACUGUGAAAUUGAUGUGAAAGAGUGCCUCUUCCUUUCCUGCCAGGAUUAUGGUGACUGUGAAGAUAUGGUCAACAAUUUCAGGUGUAUUUGCAGACCUGGGUUUUCUGGAUCUCUGUGUGAAAUUGAAAUUAAUGAAUGUUCCUCUGAACCUUGCAAAAAUAAUGGAACAUGUGUGGAUCUGACAAACAGAUUUUUUUGUAAUUGUGAACCUGAGUACCAUGGGCCCUUCUGUGAACUUGACGUAAAUAAAUGUAAAAUCUCACCUUGUCUAGAUGAAGAAAAUUGUGUCUACAGGACUGAUGGAUACAACUGCUUCUGUGCCCCUGGUUAUACAGGCAUCAACUGUGAAAUAAAUCUAGAUGAAUGCCUAUCAGAGCCCUGUCUCCAUGAUGGAGUUUGUAUCGAUGGCAUGAAUCAUUAUACCUGUGACUGCAAGAAUGGGUUUUUUGGAACACACUGUGAAACAAACGCCAAUGAUUGCCUUUCAAAUCCUUGUCUACAAGGAAGGUGCACAGAACUUAUUAAUGAAUAUCCAUGUUCAUGUGAUGCAGAUGGGACUAGCACACAAUGUAAGAUCAAAAUUAAUGACUGCACAUCAAUCCCUUGUAUGAAUGAAGGCUUCUGUCAGAAGUCAGCACAUGGAUUUACUUGCAUUUGCCCACGUGGAUACACUGGUGCAUACUGUGAAAAAAGCAUUGAUAAUUGUGCUGAGCCUGAACUUAAUUCAGUCAUCUGUCUUAAUGGAGGGAUCUGUGUUGAUGGGCCUGGACAUACUUUUGACUGCAGAUGUCUUCCUGGAUUUUCUGGUCAAUUUUGUGAAAUUAAUAUAAAUGAAUGCUCUUCAUCACCAUGUCUACAUGGUGCAGACUGUGAAGAUCACAUCGAUGGAUAUGUUUGCAAAUGCCAACCAGGAUGGUCUGGACACCACUGUGAGAAGGAGCUUGAGUGCAUUCCCAACUCAUGUGUUCAUGAACUCUGCAUGGAGAAUGAACCUGGCUCGACAUGUUUAUGCACACCUGGAUUUAUGACCUGCUCCAUUGGGCUUCUUUGUGGUGAUGAAAUAAGGAGAAUUACCUGUUUAACUCCCAUCUUUCAAAGAACAGAUCCCAUUUCCACACAGACAUAUACAGUUCCCCCUUCUGAGACUUUGGUCAGCAGCUUUCCAUCUAUAAAGGCUACUAGAAUACCAGCCAUAAUGGACAAUUACCCAGUUGAUCAAGGUCCAAAACAGACAGGCAUUGUCAAGCAUGACAUUCUCCCAACCACUGGUUUGGCAACGUUAAGAAUUAGCACACCCUUGGAAAGCUACUUACUCGAAGAACUGAUUGUCACUAGAGAGCUUUCAGCAAAACACAGUCUUCUUUCUUCCGCAGAUGUUUCCUCUUCUCGAUUCCUGAAUUUUGGUAUUCAUGACCCAGCACAAAUUGUCCAGGACAAAACAUCGGUAUCACAUAUGCCUAUUCGAACUUCAGCAGCCACACUAGGUUUCUUUUUUCCUGAUAGGAGAGCAAGGACCCCAUUUAUCAUGUCUUCCUUAAUGUCAGAUUUUAUUUUUCCUACACAAUCUUUAUUAUUUGAGAACUAUCAGACUGUUGCUUCAUCUGCUACCCCAACGACUUCAGUAAUUAGAAGCAUUCCAGGGGCUGAUAUUGAGCUAAACAGGCAGUCAUUACUCUCCCGUGGAUUCCUGCUUACAGCUGCCUCCAUAAGUGCAACUCCAGUUGUCUCUAGGGGGGCUCAAGAGGAUAUUGAAGAAUAUUCAGCUGAUUCUUUAAUUUCAAGAAGAGAGCACUGGAGAUUGCUCAGCCCCUCGAUGUCUCCCAUUUUUCCUGCUAAGAUAAUUAUAUCUAAACAGGUAACCAUCUUAAACUCAUCAGCUCUGCACCGGUUCGGUACAAAAUCCUUCAAUCCCAGUGAAUAUCAGGCUAUUACUGAAGCUUCAAGCAACCAGAGACUCACAAACAUCAAAUCACAGGCUGCUGAUUCUUUAAGAGAAUUAAGCCAAACAUGUGCAACAUGUUCUAUGACUGAAAUAAAAUCCUCUCGUGAAUUCUCAGAUCAAGUUUUGCAUAGCAAACAGUCCCACUUUUAUGAGACAUUCUGGAUGAACUCAGCGAUAUUAGCCAGCUGGUAUGCACUAAUGGGAGCUCAAACUAUCACUUCUGGGCAUUCAUUUUCUUCUGCUACUGAAAUAACACCAUCAGUGGCAUUCACAGAAGUGCCAUCUUUAUUUCCUUCUAAAAAGAGUGCAAAAAGAACAUUUUUAUCCUCAUCCUUGGAAGAAUCCAUUACCCUAUCAAGUAAUUUGGAUGUUAAUUUAUGUUUGGAUAAGACUUGUUUAUCCAUUGUCCCUUCACAAACUAUCUCUUCAGACUUGAUGAAUUCUGAUUGGACUUCAAAAAUGACUACUGAUGAACUGUCAGUAUCAGAAAACAUUUUAAAACUAUUGAAAAUAAGACAAUAUGGCAUAACUAUGGGACCCACUGAGGUACUAAAUCAAGAGAGCUUAUUGGACAUGGAAAAAAGUAAAGGAUCUCAUACACUGUUCAAACUUCACCCAAGUGAUAGUUCUCUGGACUUUGAGUUAAACUUACAAAUUUAUCCGGAUGUUACUUUAAAGACAUAUUCAGAAAUUACACAUGCAAAUGACUUCAAAAAUAAUCUGCCACCAUUGACAGGCUCAGUGCCUGAUUUUUCAGAAGUCACCACCAAUGUUGCAUUUUAUACAGUUUCAGCAACUCCAGCACUUUCAAUACAGACGUCUUCCUCCAUGUCUGUAAUUAGGCCAGAUUGGCCAUAUUUUACAGAUUAUAUGACCUCUCUUAAAAAAGAGGUCAAGACUUCUUCAGAAUGGUCCAAAUGGGAACUUCAGCCUAGUGUGCAAUAUCAGGAAUUUCCCACUGCAAGCCGGCAUCUUCCCUUCACUAGAUCUCUUACUUUGUCUUCACUGGAAUCCAUUCUGGCACCUCAACGGCUGAUGAUUUCUGAUUUCAGUUGUGUUCGUUAUUAUGGAGAUUCUUAUCUAGAAUUUCAGAAUGUGGCUUUAAAUCCACAAAAUAACAUCUCCCUAGAAUUUCAGACCUUCAGCUCCUAUGGACUUCUGCUGUAUGUCAAGCAAGACUCAAAUUUAGUAGAUGGAUUUUUUAUUCAAUUGUUUAUUGAAAAUGGUACUUUAAAGUACCACUUUUACUGUCCUGGUGAAGCAAAAUUUAAAAGCAUUAAUACUACUGUUAGAGUGGACAACGGGCAAAAGUAUACACUGCUUAUCAGGCAAGAAUUGGAUCCAUGUAAAGCUGAGCUGACUAUUUUAGGGAGGAAUACACAAAUAUGCGAAUCUGUCAAUCAUGUACUCGGAAAACCCCUGCCAAAAUCAGGAUCUGUCUUCAUUGGUGGAUUUCCAGACCUUCAUGGGAAAAUCCAGAUGCCUGUACCAGUCAAGAAUUUUACUGGCUGCAUAGAAGUUAUAGAAAUAAAUAACUGGAGAUCUUUCAUUCCAUCCAAGGCAGUGAAAAACUAUCACAUUAACAAUUGCAGAUCCCAGGGAUUUAUGCUGUCUCCAACAGCCUCCUUUGUUGAUGCUUCUGAUGUGACACAAGGGGUUGAUACCAUGAGGACUUCUGUCAGCCCCUCUGUUGCAGGACCCUCUGUGUGCCAGCAGGAUGUAUGCCACAAUGGAGGCACAUGCCAUCCCAUCUUCCUCUCCAGUGGCAUAGUGUCAUUCCAAUGUGACUGUCCACUACAUUUCACUGGCCGCUUCUGUGAAAAAGAUGCAGGUUUAUUUUUUCCAUCUUUCAAUGGGAAUUCCUAUUUAGAACUGCCCUUUUUGAAGUUUGUCCUGGAGAAGGAACAUAACAGAACUGUUACCAUCUACUUGACUAUAAAAACAAACAGUUUAAAUGGAACUAUUCUUUACAGUAAUGGGAAUAAUUUUGGAAAGCAGUUUCUUCAUUUAUUUCUUGUGGAAGGAAGGCCAUCAGUUAAAUAUGGAUGUGGAAAUUCUCAAAAUAUUUUGACUGUUUCUGCUAAUUACAGCAUUAACACAAAUGCAUUCACCCCUAUCACAAUACGCUACACAACGCCUGUUGGCAGCCCUGGAGUUGUUUGUAUGAUUGAAAUGACUGCAGAUGGAAAACCUCCAGUACAGAAGAAAGACACAGAGAUUUCCCAGGCCUCUCAGGCAUAUUUUGAAUCAAUGUUCCUUGGCCAUAUUCCUGCAAAUGUUCAAAUUCAUAAGAAAGCAGGUCCUGUUUAUGGGUUCAGGGGCUGCAUUCUAGACCUUCAAGUAAACAACAAAGAAUUCUUCAUCAUCGAUGAAGCACGACAUGGAAAGAAUAUUGAGAACUGCCACGUCCCUUGGUGUGCUCAUGAUCUGUGCCGCAACAAUGGCACCUGCAUCAGUGAUAAUGAAAAUCUGUUUUGUGAGUGUCCAAGACUGUAUUCAGGCAAGCUGUGCCAGUUUGCAAGUUGUGAAAACAACCCAUGUGGAAAUGGUGCCACCUGUGUUCCAAAAUCCGGAACAGAUAUUGUCUGCCUCUGCCCAUAUGGGAGGUCUGGACCCCUCUGCACUGAUGCUAUUAAUAUUACUCAGCCAAGGUUCAGUGGCACAGAUGCCUUUGGAUACACCUCAUUCCUGGCUUAUUCACGGAUCUCAGACAUCAGCUUCCAUUAUGAAUUCCACCUGAAGUUUCAGCUGGCAAACAACCACUCAGCACUGCAAAAUAACUUGAUAUUUUUUACUGGACAGAAAGGCCAUGGGUUGAAUGGCGAUGACUUCCUGGCUGUGGGCCUGCUCAAUGGCAGUGUGGUUUAUAGUUAUAACCUGGGGUCUGGCAUAGCAAGCAUCAGGAGCGAGCCCCUCAAUCUGAGCCUUGGAGUCCACACUGUUCAUCUGGGGAAGUUCUUCCAAGAGGGCUGGCUGAAGGUAGAUGAUCAUAAAAAUAAAUCCAUUAUCGCCCCAGGAAGACUGGUUGGUCUCAAUGUCUUCAGUCAGUUUUAUGUAGGUGGCUACAGUGAAUACACUCCAGAUCUCUUACCAAAUGGAGCAGACUUUAAAAAUGGUUUUCAAGGCUGUAUUUUCACUCUUCAAGUUCGCACUGAGAAGGAUGGCCAUUUCAGAGGACUGGGAAAUCCUGAGGGCCACCCAAAUGCUGGACGCAGUGUUGGCCAGUGUCAUGCUUCUCCCUGCAGUUUAAUGAAAUGUGGCAAUGGUGGGACAUGCAUAGAGAGCGGAACUAGUGUUUACUGCAAUUGUACCACUGGGUGGAAAGGAUCACUCUGCACAGAGACAGUUUCUACCUGUGAUCCUGAACAUGACCCUCCACACCACUGUAGCAGAGGAGCAACCUGCAUUUCAUUACCUCAUGGAUACACCUGUUUCUGUCCUCUAGGAACCACUGGAAUCUACUGUGAACAAGCUUUAUCCAUAAGUGAUCCAUCUUUCAGAAGCAAUGAGUUAUCCUGGAUGUCUUUUGCUUCCUUUCAUGUUCGAAAAAAGACACAUAUUCAAUUGCAGUUUCAGCCUCUCGCUGCAGAUGGUAUCCUAUUUUAUGCUGCACAACACUUAAAAGCCCAAUCAGGUGAUUUUUUAUGCAUCUCUUUAGUAAAUAGUUCCGUUCAACUUCGCUACAACCUUGGCGACAGAACUAUCAUUCUAGAAACUCUCCAAAAAGUAACUAUAAACGGAAGUACUUGGCAUAUAAUAAAAGCAGGAAGAGUUGGUGCAGAAGGCUACCUGGAUCUAGAUGGGAUAAAUGUAACAGAAAAAGCCUCCACUAAAAUGAGUUCUCUGGACACAAAUACAGACUUCUAUAUUGGAGGAGUAUCUUCUUUAAGUCUUGUAAAUCCCAUGGCAAUAGAAAAUGAACCUGUAGGUUUUCAAGGCUGUAUCCGACAAGUUAUCAUAAAUAAUCAAGAAUUACAAUUAACUGAAUUUGGAGCAAAAGGUGGCUCAAAUGUAGGUGACUGUGAUGGGACAGCCUGUGGGUACAACACAUGCAGAAAUGGAGGUGAAUGUACAGUAAAUGGCACAACUUUUUCUUGCAGAUGUUUGCCAGAUUGGGCUGGAAAUACAUGUAACCAGUCUGUGUCCUGUUUGAAUAAUCUUUGCCUCCACCAAUCUUUAUGUAUACCUGACCAAUCAUUUUCUUACAGUUGCCUGUGUACUUUGGGUUGGGUGGGAAGGUAUUGUGAAAACAAAACUUCAUUUUCAACUGCAAAAUUUAUGGGUAAUUCUUACAUUAAAUACAUUGAUCCAAAUUAUAGAAUGAGAAACCUCCAGUUCACUACUAUAUCCUUAAAUUUCAGUACCACUAAAACAGAAGGUCUAAUUGUAUGGAUGGGAAUAGCUCAAAAUGAAGAAAAUGAUUUUCUGGCAAUUGGUCUCCAUAAUCAGACCUUGAAAAUAGCAGUUAACUUGGGAGAAAGAAUCUCUGUGCCUAUGAGCUAUAACAAUGGCACAUUCUGUUGUAAUAAAUGGCACCAUGUAGUUGUAAUUCAAAAUCAGACUCUUAUCAAGGCCUACAUAAAUAACAGUCUAAUUCUUUCCGAGGAUAUUGAUCCACAUAAAAACUUUGUGGCUCUAAACUAUGAUGGCAUUUGUUAUCUAGGGGGCUUUGAAUAUGGUAGAAAGGUAAAUAUCGUUACUCAAGAGAUUUUUAAAACCAAUUUUGUUGGCAAAAUUAAAGAUGUUGUAUUUUUUCAGGAACCAAAAAACAUUGAACUAAUUAAAUUAGAAGGAUACAAUGUUUAUGAUGGAGAUGAACAAAAUGAGGUUACAUAAGUUAACACUAGAGAUUUUAGUACACACUAUACAUAAAUGCAGUUAUUUUGGUAGUUAUUUCUUUGAUACAUUGCUCACGGGGAAUCAACUGUUUACUAUUACCUGAAAUAGUCUAAAUGCUAACAUAUCUUUUUGAUAAGAUUGUAAAAUGUCACUGAAAGUUCUGAUUGUUUUUCCUACAUCUAAUUUAUCUGUAUAUAUUUUGAUUCAUGUUUUAACUCCAUUAGUUCAUUCAGUGCUUAUUCACAUAAUGUGCUUAUUCACUUUGCUUAUUCACUUUUUACCUAUCCCUAAUGCUUACAUUUUAAAAUCAAUGUGUAAACACAAUUUUAAAAAUCAAUGUGUAAGCUGAACUUUAAAAUGUUUAAAAUUCAGUUGGGAAUGAAUUAGGGAUAGGUACAAAUAAGAAAAAAAUCAAGUUAUUAAUCAAAGGAAAAAUAAAAAUUAUACAAAGCAAUGUAACCAUAUUGUAUUACAUGGCUUAGCUACAACUUAUUUAUAUGAUUCAACAAUGUAAAACUUGAACAUAGAUUUAAACCAAAAAUUAUUGCAUGAAUGUAGAAAGAGAAGGUGAGAGGAGAGGAGAACAGGCUGGUAAGAGCUAAAUCCUUAUCUUUUAUAGUAAGACAUCAAUAGAUAUUACAAUAUGUGCAACUUAAAACAUAGCAUAUGCAUAUCACAAACAUGAAGGCAAAUAUCCUAAAUAUCUAAAAGAAUUAAAAAUGGUUGCCUCUGGAGAGAAGAGUAGUGCAGAAGCCUGUUUCUUUUUGCUUAUGAACCUUGUAGAACUAUUUGACUUUUUAAAACCAUGUACUCAUAUUAACUGAUCAAAUUAAAAAAAUAACCUUAAUUUGUGUUUAACUGCUUUCAAGUCUAUACAGAUCUCAAAAUUGGGCAUAAAAUAGGUUCUAAACAAUGCCAUGGAAAAUUACUAUCCUAACAAUUUAGUACUGUUGAUAGCAUAACUUGAAAAAAUAUUUUUUUUCCCAAAACAGUUACUGAUAUAAUUGUGAACAGAACUUUCACUUCCCACUCCCAGUCCACCACUGCAGGUUGGAAAGCAGUUACUGCUGUUGUUACCUGACAUUUUCUGAGUUUGAUUAUCUGUGAUAAUUUUGCCACUUGGCAACCAGCAACAUAUGACUGACUCGGUGAACUAACAGGUAGAAUAGGUCAUCUGGAGAAAAAAAUCUUAGUAAUAAGCAGUAUGUAAUGUUCAAAAGGAAAAAUAUGAAAUUAAUCAUCAAGUAAUUAAGAGAAAAGAUUUACAAAAAAUAAGAGCUGAUGAAUACACAUUUAACUUCUGUGCAGAUUCCAGUCUAUACAAAGUAACGAGGUAGUAAUUUAUCAUUCAAAAACUAUUAGAGAUUUUUGUCUUAUUUUAGCCACUCCAUUCCAAUCAAAAGGCUACAGACAUUCCUAAAAGGACCUAGGACCAGAGUUAAGAAUGUCAACACCAUUUGACAGGGCACAAAUGUUUCCAGACAUACAGUUCAUAUUAAUACUAGGAAGUGUGAGGGCAGAAUAUAACGUAGAAUUGCAGAAUGUUUACACAUUGAUUCAAAGGUUUUUUUAACGGAAACCACUUAAAACAACUCCAUCAAAUUUUGCUGAAAAACUGUGACCUAAACUGGUAUUGAUUCAUACUAUUGCACUUAACUUUGGAGAUACUCAGAACAUAAGGAUAAACGCUCUAAAGAAAUUCCUUUUGGCAGCUGGUAAUCAAAUCUAACCUUUCAGAAAACAUACUUUAUGUAUAAAAAGAAGGCUGUUUUAUGAAAGCUUACAAAAGAAGAAACUGCCUGAACCACACUCCCAUCAUAUUCGGCCAUGUGUUCUCUCAUAAUAAAGUGUGCCUUUUCUUUAAAAUAGCACUUCCCAAACUAUGGUCCAAGAACCCCUGCGAUCUUUUCAAGGAAUCCAGAGUCCUCCCUUUCCCAAAAACAAAUGCACAUAUAGCCAGAUUUUCUUCAUAUAUUUCAAAUAAAAUGACAUACUACAAAACACUGAAUGCAGGGCAGGUAAGAGAAUCCAGCCCUAAGUCAGAAAUUGGAAAUAUGCAAAAAUCAAGACAAUGACACUCUUCUUACUAAAUUAGUUUGGAAGUUAACUUAUAAAUGUUACAUUAACAGAUGAGAUUAUCAUUAACAAAUAUUUUUAACGUUUAUCAUUUGAUUUUCCAGCAUGCUAAAUAAUGAUAUAAGCCAUAUAAACAAAAGCUUUGACAUUCUCAAUUUUUAAGUGUAAGGGGUCUUGAAAACAAAAGUUUGAGAAUUGCUGCCUUAAAGCUUUUCACAGUUGCAAUUUUACGUUCAGAUUUUAUAACUUUUCUACCUGUAAUCUCCACAAGAUUGGAACUUUCCCAUUUUGCUCAUCAUUGAAUUCCAAACGCAGAAAAUUGUGCUUGAAUAGGCAGACAAUAUUUAAGAACUGAAAACUGCUGCCUUUUCUCCUAUAAAUCAAAAUGACUUGAAAAUAUAUUUUUCACCUUAAAAUCCUGCAUAGUUCAUGUAACAAAUCAACACUAUUCCUGCUUCCUAUUUUUGCUAUCCUGAUGAUGGUGUUGACGAUUUCCUAUGUGAAAUGCUUUUCCAGUACGAAAUAAAAAUGAUUGCUACAGAAAGACCUUUAAGAUUUUACUAUAAAUGUAUGAGGUUUCUCAAAGUGUUGAAUGUAAACGGAACAUUUUUUAAAAAUAAGGUGCAGUAAUAUUUACCUUUUUGGUCUCCUUAUAAAUAAUAAGUUCCUGAAAAAAAUCAUUACUUUGAGGACAAAAUUAUCUUAAAAUAUGGAGUUUUAAAAGACAGCUUGGGCUAACAUAUACGUAUAUAUACACACAUGGACAUGCACACACUGAAUUAUUUCAUAGAAAAAGUAUUUUGGGGAUAUUUAGAGUUAUAUUGGAUUCACUGCCCUUUGAGUGCUUAGGCUAUUUCCCUCAAUGACUCUGCUCUGCAUCUAUCUAUAAGAUGAAACUUGACAUGGUGAACUCAAGUUUUCAAAGGACUUCUUGCUACUGAUCUGUUUUCAACUCACUACUUUUUUGCUCUACAUAUUACUAUAAUUCUUUGUGAAACAGAAAUCAAAGAAUUAGGGUGUUUGGCACCUUUUAAAAAGCAGUAACCAAUUUUAUUUGCAAUUUGCUUUAAGAGACAGAAAUAAACCUGAUUGUGUAUAUAGUUCUUUGUAGUCAUUAGUAAGUUGUAGCCUGACCAGUGUUACAGGGAUCUGAGAUAAGCAUAGUACAACUAGUAUAUCCAAAUGUUAAAAUACUGUUUUACUAAGAUCUGGUUCAUUAUCAAGCUCUCAUAAUGCAUUUAAGUUUGGUUCAUAAACUUUAAAAACACAGCUACUAUUAAAAACUUAGGAACAACAGAGUAAAGUUACCUGUUAACGGGUAGUUUUAUGUUAACACACACGUUAACAUGGAGUGGCUUCACUUUUCACUCCAUUUUCUUCUCUAUUGCUGGUGUUAUUGUUCUUAAAUUUUUCACAUGUAUUUACUAUAGCCUUAGCUAUUCUAUAAAGAUUUCAGAUUAAUUCACCCACAAUAAACUACAAUUAGUAAGUCAAGGGCUGUGGUAGAUGAUAACCCCCCAAAAGAUGUCUACACCCCAA